CGGAACGAAACCCCCAAAUCCAAACCCUGGCCUGCUGACGCUUUGACGGCUAGGACCAAACGUGAGCAACGCCAUCAGUCACCUCCGAUAAACCGACCGCCUUCUCGUCCCAUCUCAUCCUGUCCCUUCCAGUCCCUUGCCAUUUCCCCACCCCGCGUUGGCCAUUUCGAUCCGCAAGGCAAUACCAGCUGGCAAGCACGCAGCAGCGAGCACCUUCUCGGUAAGCUGGGCAAGGCAGGCCAGGCAGACAGGCAGGUACACCGUACAGGCAACACCUGCCGCCGACCGACCUUGACGACGCACCCUACCUUACCUACCUUUACCUGA